CCCUCUCUCCCUCCCUCCCUCUCUCCAGCAGCGGGACUGUCUGUCUGUCACGGACAAGGAGCUGCCGCCGGAUCGCGGAUCAGUCCCGGAGCAGCGCGGGCUCCAUCUAUGCCGCUUGCAGGAUAACUUGUAACUAUGACAACAGAAUGUGUGGCGGAUCCUGAGUUAACGAAUGUUGAGCAGCGGUCCCCUGUGGAGGAGCAGCCCCUGGUCCAGCCAGAGAUGGCAGACAAUAGAGAACAGCUGCACAACGAGCCCAACAACAAGCAGGAACAGAACUCUGAGAAGGAUCAGAAAGCCGAGAGCAUUCCUCGCGUCGAGGAACCGGACGCUGGUGAAACAGACGAGGACAAAACCUCGGAGAGGACCACUCCCGGCAGGACUCCCAAAUCACCAAUGAAAGGAUCGAAGAAGCAAAAGGCCAUGGGCUGCAAGGUGACGCUUCUGGACGGCACGGAGUUCGAGUGUGAGGUGGAGAAGCGAGCCAAAGGCCAACUUCUCUUUGACCUUGUGUGUGAACACCUCAACCUGCUGGAGAAGGAUUACUACGGCCUGACCUUCUGCGACUCCGACAGUCAGAAGAACUGGCUCGACCCGUCAAAAGAUAUAAAGAAACAAAUUCGAAGUGGUCCCUGGCAUCUUGCAUUCACAGUGAAGUUCUACCCACCAGACCCGACAGAACUCUCUGAAGAUAUCACAAGGUAUUACCUUUGCCUGCAGCUGAGGGAUGAUAUCAUCUCUGGGCGACUGCCGUGUUCCUUUGUCACGCACGCACUGCUGGGCUCGUACACGGUGCAGGCUGAGCUGGGGGACUAUGACCCAGAGGAGCACGGCCCAGACUACGUGACUGAGAUCCGCUUUGCACCAAAUCAGACAAAGGAGCUGGAGGAGAGGGUGGUGGAGCUGCACAAGUCCUACAGGGGGUUAACGCCAGGAGAAGCAGAGAUGAACUUUCUGGAAAAUGCCAAGAAGCUGUCGAUGUACGGAGUGGACUUGCACCAUGCCAAGGACUCGGAGGGCAUUGACAUCAUGCUUGGCGUUUGUGCGAAUGGACUUCUCAUCUACCGGGACCGACUCAGAAUAAACAGGUUCGCCUGGCCCAAGAUCCUCAAGAUUUCGUACAAAAGGAGUAACUUCUACAUUAAAAUCAGACCCGGAGAGUACGAACAGUUUGAAAGUACCAUUGGCUUCAAGCUCCCGAAUCACCGCGCUGCCAAACGACUGUGGAAAGUGUGCAUCGAGCACCACACCUUCUUCAGACUUGUGUCUCCAGAGCCUCCACCAAAGGGCUUCCUGGUGAUGGGCUCCAAGUUUCGCUACAGUGGUCGCACGCAGGCACAAACGCGGCAGGCCAGUUCCUUGAUCGACCGCCCCGCGCCCUACUUUGACCGGUCUUCCAGCAAACGAUACACAAUGUCACGGAGUCUGGAUGGAGAGUUUUUCCGCCCAGCUUCAGUCGGGGAGAACCAUGAGGGCCUCCUGAAGGAAUUGAUCAACAACACCAGUGAAACGUCGAGGACAGAAACUCCCGACACCAUACAGUCGGACAGCAAGAAAUCCUCGCAGAAAUCCGAGAAAGCCGACGAAGUCACAACGCCGACCAAAAUAAAAGAAAUGAAGAUGGAACGAGAGGAUGAGCCGCGACUUAGGCAAGAGUUCCUAGAUAAACCAGAAGAUGUCCUGAUGAAGCACCAAGCCAAUAUCAAUGAACUCAAACGGACAUUGCAGGAGUCGACCAGCAUUAAGAUAAACCACAGUGACCGGGAAAGGAAGUUAACAACCUCUCCGUCAAAGGCUAAAGACAAGGAGCUGGAGGGAUUGGAGAAGCUGGUAGAGAGUAAACCAGCCCAUGAAGCCAGCGGUGAAGACAAAGAUACCAAGCCACCUCGAGAAGCUUCCAGAUCUCCAGGGAGGAGCUCAGUGAAAGGGCAUGUGUCAGAAGAUGCAGUUGUGACAGUACUUCCACCACAGAGCACGGAGGCACGACUGGAUCUGAAGCGGGGUUCAGUGCUGGCCGCACAGGAAUCUGAAGAAGCGAUGGAGCAGAUGCAGGAGCUGGCGGCCCAGAGUGUGGUUGUGGACCUCCUGCAUCCCAGUGACCACACAAACUCCGCACCACCUGCUGAAGGCCAGGUGUUGUCAGCACCUGAAGGAACUGAUGGACAGGUGGAAGAGAAGCUCCCAACGCAAACUAAGGUGACGAAACCUGAAGGAAGUGACAGUACUGUGUCUGAGACCAGUACUCCAAGUACCAAAAGUACUCCAAGUACUGAAAGUACUCCAAGUACCAAAAGUACUCCAAGUACUAAAAGUACUGACAAGCAGCCCACUCCGGAAGAUGGAGCCGACCAGCACAAUGGCCAAGAGGCUGAAGAUAGCCAAGCAAAGCCUCAACUGGAGGAUGUUCAGAAAGCAACAGCUGGAUUGCCAAGUGACGUACCUACUGGACCAAUGGGAACAUCCUCCAAAGAAACUGUUGUACCAUUGGACAUCAAAACCCCCACCAAAACCACACAGAUGAACAACAGUCCAGAUUCGGGACAUGAAGUUGUAACGAGGUCUGAGAGUGUGGAGCCAGAAACGCCGCCAGUACCAGCUGUGGAUGGUGGCGCGGUGGCAGUCAGCGGCUCUCAGUCCGUUACAUCAGAAACCAUAUCCACGUCAACCACAACUCAUAUCACCAAGUCGGUGAAAGGAGGAUUCUCUGAAACCAGGAUUGAGAAGAGAAUCAUCAUCACAGGAGAUGCAGAUGUGGAUCAAGACCAGGCUCUAGCACUAGCCAUCAAGGAGGUGAGGCAGCAACAUCCAGACAUGCUGGUGACCAAGGCCGUGGUGUAUAAAGAGUCCGAGACAGAAUCAGAGCAGAACACCAAGGAACCAAAGGAGUAACAUGGUGGCAGUACGACCACCACAUCAGGGGUAGACAUGGAAUCAUUCUGUUGCUCGAAACGACGGGGACCCUCUGCUACCUUCUAACUUCACACAGAAGAAACGGCAAAGAAUAUCAUUAUUAAUAUAAACAGAAAUAUAUACCUGCUACGCAAAAAUAAAUUCCAGAUCUUAUCACCGCCAAGAAAGUAGAGCAUUUGCAAGUCCAGAAAACGCAUGUUGACAGGAAUGUAAACACAAAGUAGAACUUGUAACCCCCCCUCCCCUCCCUCCUCCCCCCGGCCGAGCUUCUCCAGCAAGCGGGAACUUCAGGGAACAGCUUUCCUGGAGAUGGGAUCUUGCAACUAAUGUCCAAUAACACAUGCCUACACUCUGAAUGUUGAAUACAUUCCCUCCUCUGAUCUCCUGGGAAAGGGCAGCAGCUAUCAUUCAAGAUGUCCUAAGCCGAGGAUGGCCACAUAUCAGUCGCCAGUUUGGAUGUGUGUUAAUUUAUAUUGAAGUAUGCUUAUCUGGUAAUAUAAAGAUUGGAGGUUUGUAAUAUUAAAUGGUUACCCGAGCUCGGUUUUUAACCUGACGCCUGGUCUGACAGCUGUUUGUGUUUUUUUUUGUAAAAUAAAAGAAAUCUUAAUUAUUUGAAAGUGAAUAAUUUUAGGCAAAUGAGUUUUCACAAAUGUCUUAAUCAAAUGAUAGUGGAUAGAAAUUUGUUAGCACCCAACUAGCCGUUGCAGGUGAUGUGUAUAGGAAGGUGAUCCAAAUAGUGAUUCAGUCAAAUACUUAGCAAUGGUUCACAAAGGUCAGAAUGUUUUGUUCCACAAUAGUUUUCCUUUCCAUUCCAUGGCACUGUGAACAGACGGGACCUGGGUUAUGUUCUUUGGUUUGUUCUGAGUGUGUAAGAACCGCUCCAGGGGAUAGUGCCAGCAAGUGACCACAAGGCCUGAGGGGCAACGUUGUGUGUCAGGGUCAGGGUCACCCAGAGGAACUGCUCCAUGCGCUUGGCAUGACAUCACCUGUCCUUGUUACAGAGACACUUUGAUGACUGUGGACCAGACGACAGUCCCUGAAGCGACACAAUGCCUUGUGCACGCAGAGAGAAUGCGACAAACCGCUGAGUGAACCAAAAUAUUUGCACAAUCGGCAUUUAAUUGGUUGUCAUUCAUUUGUUUAGCAUUGCUAAUUAUAUUUUUGAUAGGAUUGUUUUAGUGAUUUAUCCAAGAUUUUAAAAUGAACAUGAGUGAUGAAGUAUUUGAAAAUCUUUCCAUUUGUAUCAAGAACUGACAUGAAGUUGCGUGCAUGAGGUGUGUGGAUUGGAGCCCGCCAUCAUUUCUUUAUUGCAUCACAGUUCCAUGAUAUGUAUCCAUUGUAUCCUUUUACUUCAAAGUGAAAUAAACGUGCCAGAGACAUC